GUUAAGUAAAAAUAGACAUACAAACUGUGGACCAUUGAGGAUACUUAGUCUGGCUAGUAUACAGUAAAGACACUCAUAAUUUCACUGCUAAAAUGUUUUAGAGAGAGGAAAAGAUUGUGUUGCUUUGCUGGUGUUUCUCUUUGCAAGCAGAAUUGUUUUCCCUAGCUUUUUAUUGAGAAGUCACGUGAUGGGAUGGGAAUGGGAAUGGGAAUGUGUGGCCCAUACAGUCUUAAAUGUGUCUGAAGUAGAGUCUGUACUGAAGUAAUUCACACAGUGAAAAUGCUUGAAAAUUUUUGUGCCAGGGUUAAGGCCAGAGUCUAAUUAAAAAUUAGAUUUGUAAACCUACUCUGUUUGUCUUGCUAGGGCUCCUCCUUUAACAGUAGUUGGUCUUAAUGGUGGUGUCUUGCUGCUACUGCUUAGUAUUUUCUUUGACAUUUAGUAUUAGCAUUUUAGAUUAGAGAGCCCAGAGGCAGAAGAUUGAUGAGGGACCUGCAGGAGGGCAAAAUAUCUUGCACAACCUACAUUACAUUUGGACAAACAAGCUGUCUGAGAUAUGUGGCAGGAGAAAGAGUGCAAUCUCAUGGUGACCUUCUGGAGCUGUUGUUUUCUUAAUGCAAAUCGGUCAAGUAGUUAUUUUCUGAUGCGCUGGAUUAAUGCUUGGGAAAGCUAAACAGGGACUGAUGGGGAGGAAAACUGAACUUCUAUGUACAUCUUCCACUUGUGAGAAUAGUGUGAUCUGGUUCAUAGGCAGCACUGGAGAAACAGCAGGUAUGUUUUUGGGGAAGCUGAAAGUGAGGUGUGCAGCAUGGAAGGUGGCAGCUUUCAAAGAAAAUGGGGCUAAGAGGAACUUCAGGGCAUGUAGUCCAUUGCCCUGUUUUAAAAUCAUGUCAAAUUACUGCAGAUUUUACUGAAUUUGCUGUUAGAAAUAUUUUCAAUAGCCACUUUAACAGUUAGAGAGCAGUUUAGCUUAGUUCUGUUUUAAAUUUAAUGUGUGGUUUGUUUUAGAAUGAUACCUAUAGAAUUAGAUGCAAUUAUUACCCUUACAAAGAUGCUUUUGAACUAGUCUUUUUUUCCCCAGAGGCUCAGUUCCAGGGUUCCCAGACCGCUUUAAAGCACCUUGUAUACAAAUAUAGACUUAAUAGGAAAAAAAGCUGGAUAUGCUAUGCUCUCUGUUGUCUGUGCAUUUUGCAUGAAGGGCUAAGCUGCCCUGUUUAGGGUUGUCUUGCAGUGCUGCUGAGUUGUUCUGUUGUGGAAUGGGCAAUGCUGUGCUGUUCUGUGAGAAGAGGCAGAUACACAGGCACUGAUUGAUGCUAUGCUGUGAAAGGAACCCGUGAAACGGACACAAGCUACUCUUACCUAUGACACCCUCAGGUUUGAGUAUGAAGACUUCCCUGAGACCAAAGAACCUGUUUGGAUACUAGGCCGAAAAUACAGUGUUUUUACAGAGAAAGAAGAGAUCCUUCUGGAUGUGACCUCUCGGCUUUGGUUCACCUACAGAAAGAACUUCCCUGCCAUCGGAGGAACUGGUCCCACAUCAGAUACUGGCUGGGGCUGUAUGUUGAGGUGUGGCCAGAUGAUCUUCGCUCAGGCCUUGGUCUGCAGGCAUUUGGGCAGAGACUGGAGGUGGAUAAAAGGGAAGAGGCAGAUGGAUAAUUACUUCAGUGUACUUAAUGCCUUCAUUGACAAAAAAGAUAGCUACUACUCCAUUCACCAGAUAGCCCAGAUGGGAGUUGGAGAGGGGAAAUCCAUAGGCCAAUGGUAUGGACCAAACACAGUCGCACAGGUGCUCAAAAAACUUGCCACUUUUGAUACGUGGAGUUCACUAGCAGUGCAUAUAGCCAUGGACAACACUGUAGUGAUGGAAGAAAUUAGGCGGUUGUGCCAGUCCAACUUCUCAUGUGCUGGAGCUGCAGCAUUCCCUGCUGUGGAGUCAGACCUGCUCUAUAACGGGUACCCAGAGGAAGCAGGGGUUAGAGAUAGGCUCUCACUAUGGAAGCCAUUGGUGCUGCUGAUACCUCUCCGUCUUGGGCUCACAGAAAUCAAUGAGGCCUAUAUUGAAACACUAAAGCACUGCUUCAUGAUGCCCCAGUCCCUGGGAGUGAUCGGAGGGAAGCCAAACAGUGCUCACUACUUCAUUGGCUACGUAGGUGAGGAGCUCAUUUAUCUGGAUCCCCAUACUACACAGCCUGCAGUGGAGCCCAACGAGAGCGGCUGUCUCCCUGACGAAAGCUUCCACUGCCAGCACCCUCCUUGCAGAAUGAGCAUUGCCGAGCUUGAUCCUUCCAUUGCGGUGGGCUUUUUCUGCAACACAGAGGAGGACUUUAAUGAUUGGUGCCAGCAAAUCAAAAAGCUGUGCCUGGUAAGAGGAGCAUUGCCAAUGUUUGAGCUGGUAGAACGCCAGCCAUCACAUUUCUCCAACCCUGAUGUUCUGAAUCUCACACCAGACUCCUCCGAUGCCGACAGAUUGGAAAGGUUCUUUGACUCAGAAGAUGAAGACUUCGAAAUCUUAUCCCUUUGAAAGCAAACAGGAAACUGACUCUGCAAAUUUGUGUUAUGUGCGGGGAAGAGGGGGGGAGGGAAGCUCCUUCGAGAGCCUCAGGCUACCAGUUUUCAUAGGCGCUUGCUGCCAUCCCUGCCUCUUGUCCAUCCUGGCAUUCUGUGCAGCCUCUCAAUGGAGUGUGCAUUGUCUGCGUUGGGAUGAAGAACCAAGUGGGUGUUAGAGCCCUACUGGCUGGAGUCAGGAUUUCUCAGCACUUGCUGGAAGUGGAUGCAGUGGUGCCUAGGAGUUCAAAGCCUAUUUGUUACAAAAGCAGGUCAGCUGGCCUUCUGGGGGAGCAGCAGAAACCCUUAGAGAGCUAAAUCCUUACAUGGGGACUCCCCUGUGAAGCUUAAAUAGCCACCCCUCAUUUAGCAGGUGAAAUGUACAUUUAAUUCCUUUAGUGGCUUCUCAGUGGCCAACUUGGACUGCACCUAACGAUGUAUAUUAACAGUAGACGCACAUCACAGGCAGACAUCUAUGAAGCCCUCAGAGUGUGGAUGGCCAUGUUUCCUACAGUAAAAUUCCUCAUUAUGCUUUGCAUAAUAGCACUUCCUUGCAGGUGCUGUACUCCUUUCCUGCUCACAUCCUAUCAAAAGGCAGUUGGGGUAACUUAUGAGAUAGAUGGCUGGCAAUUCAAUAAGCAAAAGGCUGUCUGGGAAAGUUUGGAGCAUAUUCAUCCAACUGGGGAGGAACAUCAUAACCUCAGUUUAAAUAGCAGCAAGAAGAAGGGGAAGAAAACAGAAAAUGUGUGUUCUCGCUCAGUGAGUUAAUAAAAUAUUAUGAUUCUGUGACAGAUUAAUCUCUACAGAAAUUGUCUUCAUGGAAGCUGCUUUGAGCAGAGAACUGGAUUCUAUAGCCAUGGAAAAAAAAAUAGUCCACAGAAGGGAGAGGGCAGAACAGGACAGCUAAGAAUCUACCAGUCAUGGGACUGCUUGUGCCUGUGCCCCAGUGUGCUGGCAUGGGAGUCUAGUGAAUUAAUCCGGCUGGUACCAAAAGUGUGGGCUAUAAAAUUCUCGAAGUAUCCUCUGUGGUAUGUUCAGCAGUUUCUCCAGCUCUUCCUGUUAGAUACUCCCUUUCCAAAUGAGAAAAGGGCCUGAAGGUUCAUUAGGCCCCAUAGCUGCGUUAGUACCUUUUCGUUUGCUCUUCUGGAGAUUCAUCCUCCUCACAGCGUGUGCACAAAUGUACUCUAGGAACUAGUCUGGAGAAAUUCAUUUCAAGUAAUCAUCCCAAAGAGGUCAGCAAAGACAGAAUGCCAUGAAAAGGUCCAACACACUUAUACUGGAAAUUUUAGCUACUUUAAGAUAACAGGUCUGCCUGUGGUCCUUAUCUGCAUAAACAGAAUUCAGAUAAAGAUUAACUGUGGAGGAGAGUUAUCUUAAUGCAAACUGAACAGAGUUGCUGAAGUAGUUUCCUUAGUGCAUGCUGCAGGCUGCAUUCUGUUUACAAAGCUUUGUUUUGUACAUCUAGGAUCAGAACCUGCCAGUUGAUGCUUUUGUGACCAAAGGUAGUGACAACUGGCUAGAAAUGACCCAUUUCUCCGUGACUGACCUACUGAUGCUCUUAAUUGUCCCUAUGCCAUCAAAAAGCAAAGGUUUGAACUUGAAACCGCAAUGCUUCUGUCACUAAAUUAUUACUUGCUGCUUGGACUGCUUCUCUCCUCUCUUGUAGUUAGGGGAGGAGGCAGCAGAGGAGGUGGGGCUGUGCUCCAUUCAUCCGCUUUCAAUUUGUAUCUGAAUAAAUGGAUCUAAAAUCUUU